AUGGGAGUAAAACUGGCCGGCAAAGUGCUUUUUCGGCAAGUUCCAUCUCAAGAAUUCGACGAGAAGAAGCAUCUGCAGAAUUUCUGGCUGGUGAACCCAAACUCUCAAGUCGGGUUGGGUCAUGCUGCUAUGAAGAUUGAAGAGAUCGGAUUGGCAAAGGAACUGAAGAACAAUGCUUUGGUAAUUAAGGUGGGGUUUUCUUCAAGCUACGUAUGUGUUCAUGGAGAUGAAGAAAUGAAGGAUCGACAAGAUGUUAACAAUGGUGGAUAUGAGGAAGAGGAGGAGGGGAGGAAGUUGAUGACGACGAAGAGAAGGGUGAUGAAGAUGAUGAUGAUCUUAACAGAAAGAUCCCACAUAAAGGUGGUCAAAGGAGAGUUAUCUGGCGGCGGAGCUCAGUCUUCUGAUAGGGACACUGGUCUCUUAGACCACCUCCUGAAACAACUAGCUAACAAGGUGGCGCCAGGUGGCGAUUUGAGGUUUCGAAGGUCACACAACGCUGUCGGAGCAAUGGAAUAUUGGCUUGAAAGUGCUGAUCUUCUUAAAAUUAGGAAAGACACCGGAGUUAGUGAUCCUUUCUGGACUCAAACGCCUGGUUGGAAGCCCAUUGAUUCUCCUAUCCAAGAUCCGAUCAUGUCAAAAGAACUUAAUAUUCAUCUCAAAGAGGAAGUUUCAUAUAUCAAAAGGGAAUUUUUAUCUAAUUAA